GAGUAAUUUCUCAUAAGUUUAACAGAAUAUUCGCUGGACAUUCGCUUUUCGUCCUCUCACUUUCGUAAACAACACCCCCGCCACGAGAAGGCAGUGAGUAGGACUUCCCUGGCGGAGGCUAUAUAUUCGCUGGCCAUAUGAGAGCAUUUCGAGAGGGAGAGGAGACUCUCCCCACUCUCGGCCGUACCAGGGCAUUUGGGGGCUUGUCCUGCCCCCCAUGGCCGGUGACGACUGAUCCACCAAACGAGGCGGAAGUCCGCAAGGAACUCCAACUCUUGAAGCGCUACAAAUCACCUGGCCCAGAUGACUUACCUCCGGCUCUUUUUAAAGAUGGUGGCGACUUUCUGACUAAGGAAUUGACUGUGUUGUUUGGAAAGGUUUGGGAGCAAGAAAGUGUUCCAACAUCUUGGAAUGAGUCAAUAGUCGUCCCUAUCUUUAAAAAGGGUUCGCGUUGUUCCUGCAAUAACUAUCGGGGGAUAAGUAUACUUCCGAUUGCGUCCAAACUAUUGGCUUCUAUCAUUCUUCGUAGGUUGUUUAAAACCCGAGAACGAUUGACUCGCGAGGAGCAGGCUGGUUUUCGUUCUGGUCGAGGAUGCAUUGAUCACAUCUUCACCCUCCGCCAAAUGUUAGAACACCGUCAUACUUAUCGCAGGCCAACAAUCGUAGUGUUUCUUGAUAUCAGGGCUGCCUUCGAUUCGUUGGACAGGACUGUUCUCUGGGAUUGUCUAUUGAAGUUGGGUGUGCCUGAGAAGUUCAUUAACAACUUAAAGGCCCUGUACACGAACACCUCAGGCAGAGUGAGGGCAUACAACCACCUUUCUCCCUUGUUCCAUUCGAGCAGUGGGGUUAGGCAGGGUUGCCCGAUCUCACCAUUCCUCUUCAACUUUGCCAUCGACGACAUCUUGGAAACAGCUCUGAUGGAUGUAAGUAAUGGCGGUGUGGAUAUGUUGCCUGGAGAACGACUUCUCGACCUUGAGUAUGCGGAUGAUAUUGUCUUACUGUGCGAUAAUGCCCAAGGCAUGCAAUCAGCACUUAAUCAGUUGGCAAUCAGUGUCCGCAGGUAUGGCAUGUGCUUUGCACCCUCCAAGUGCAAAGUACUUCUACAAGACUGGCAGGAUUCUAAUCCUGUACUCACCCUGGAUGGUGAGCAGAUAGAAGUAGUUGAGAAGUUCGUGUAUCUAGGUAGCUAUAUAAGUGCUGGUGGUGGCGUGAGUGAUGAGAUUGAUGCACGUAUAAGGAAAGCCAGAUCGGCUUAUGCCAAUCUGGGCCAUCUUUGGCGCCUUCGUGAUGUUAGUCUGGCUGUAAAAAGUCGGAUUUACAACGCGUCGGUGAGAGCAGUUUUGCUCUAUGCUUGUGAAACCUGGCCUCUCCGAGUUGAGGAUGUUAGACGUCUCUCUGUGUUUGAUCAUCGUUGUCCUCAAAGGAUUGCUGACAUCCAGUGGCAACACCAUGUUAGUAAUGCAGAGGUUCGGCAUCGUGUGUUCGGGCACAGAGACGAUAAUUCAAUUGGUGUCACCAUCUUGAAACACUGACUUCGGUGGCUUGGACAUGUUUUACGAAUGUCGUCCCAGAGACUUCCACGUCGUGCAUUAUUUGCCGACCCUGGGACUGGUUGGAAAAAGCGGAGAGGAGGUCAGUGUAUGACAUGGUGUCGUGGCAUGAAAGAGAGCUGCAAAGGGCUAGCUUCUGUUGGUCCUUCACGACUCCCUGGUUGGGGUCCGAGAGAUGGUGCAACACAAUGGCUAGAGACGUUAUCAGAUAUGGCUCAGAAUAGAAACCAGUGGCGAUCCUGCUGCAACCUUCUUUUACUUUCUACAUAAAGUAUGGUUCUUACUUUCCUAACUGAAAGAGUCUUCUGGUUGUACAUUUUAGUCCGCCUUAUCUUUUCAUCCCUUCUCUUCCUACUUUCAUUAUUUUGUGUGACGCAUAUGUACCUGGUGCCCUUUUGUACCAAUAUAUAUGUGUUUGAAUAAAUAAAUAAAUAACAAAAUAUCGUUACAGCAAUUUACAACAUGAUCUUAAGUAUACUAACUGACAAUGUUUCGAACUGUCAGCAAAGUUAGUCAAAAUUGUGGAAUCUCACUACCGCGUCGUAGUUUUCUCCAUAAGUAACAUUCUAGAAACAGUCAUAAAGGAAGUACAUGACGAUGAUGUAAAUCGGAUUACGAGUAAAAAAGUCUGGUAUCAUCAAGUAUAUCGUUUUACUGUAUGGUAUCAUGAAGUCUAUCUGAAUCUAACUUAAUCAAUUGGUGAUAAGCAACUGGAAUUAUUAUGUGCUUCAUAUUAUCAAAGUGAGAACUACAUUUUCAAAAACCGGAAACAACUUGUAUUUUCACUCUUGAUCAUGGUGAGUCGUUGUAAAUAGUCAAGAGAUUGUUCGACAGAUGUUAUCAAUAUGUACAUUGAAAGUAACUUAAGAUAAUUCAUGUCAAUCUCUACCAUAUAGUCGUAACGGUUCUAAUUCAUACUCUUGCACUGGUAAGGUCUAUAUUAUGAUCACAAAAACUUCCCAGUCAUUGUCUUUGAUUUAAUGUUUAACAAGUUUGUAUUAGAACAAUCUUAUUGUUGUUCCUGAGUGAACACUCACAUUCGUUGAUGAAAUUAUUUGAGUGAUUUAAAUUAACUCUAUGAAUGUAUGCCUCAAUACCUAUAUAAUUUAUCAAACAUUUUUGAGAAUAGUACCGAAUGAAAGUGAUAUUAAUAUUGUCGUAAUAACCCAAUGAGAAGAUGAAGGUCUUCAGAACUAUGUACUGAACACAUAUCUAAAUGAGUACAAAAACAAAUCAACUCGAAUGGUUCAAUUAGAUUACAGGAUAAAAAGUAUCUUCCUCCAUUCCGAAACAUUUGAUUGAGACGGGUUAUAGGGUUGAUAUUAAAUCAGCCUCUAUGGUGUUAUAUAAUGGUGUUCAAGGACGUAUAUUAAAGGCUUAUUGGAACCUUGGUUAUACAAAGAUUGAAACCCCCUUUUAUGUGUUUAUAAACAGUCUGUGCUUACCCCUAACCUUUACUGGUACUAGUGAUUUGUCAUUCAGGCUGGUUUUCACAUUGUAUACUCUAUUGUUGUUAUUAUUAUAUGUUUCCUUUUACCUUCUUAUUUGCCUAGUUAACCAUUUAUUUUUUCGUAAUAUGAUGUGUUAUCAGAUUGUUUGAAAUGCCUUGUAAAAAUAUGUCAUAUAGUUCCCAUAAUCUUCGUCUUCUUAUUGUACUAUCCAAAUUUGUCAAAGGGAUUAACUGAUUUAAAAGCUUUAAUAAUAUUCGUGAUCCUGGAAUCCAAAUUCCAAUUCUUUAUGUUUAGUAACAUUCAGCUAAAUAAAGGAAGGAAAUUUAUUUACAUUCCGUUUUAUAUUAUAUUUCAAAAGAAUGACAGUGUUAGUACACACCAAAGAUUGAUUAAUUAUUGGUAUAUAUAUAUAUAUAGUCCAUUAUUUAUUUUUUACAAGCU